AUCUAGUCAAAUUUAUGUAUGCUACUAUUCAUUUUCUCAGCGAAAUAAAUAUAAAAUUUUAGAAAAAAUGAUAGUACUCCUUUUCUCAACGAAAUAAAUAUAAAAUUUUAGAAAAAAUGAUAGUAUUCCUAAAGAAGUUGCCUCUUUAAAUGCGAAGGUCUCCCGGGGCGAACUAAAAACUCCAUAGCCGCGGGCAAAACCAUGCUAUGGAGAUAUCCGCGGACAUUGGCGGCGGCGGCGGCGGCGGCGGCGGCGGGGGGACAUUGUCGGAGGUGUACCAGAGCGCAAAGAAGCUUUUGUUGAGGACGAGAGAUGGGCUGGAGAGGCUGGAGCGCCUGGAAUUCUCCACCUCCAAUGGCGUCGAUUCUCCUGAACUUGCGUUCGCUAUCAAGAGGGACAUUUCUCAGAUCCAGUCGCUCUGCGUCGAGAUGGGUCGCCUUUGGCGCUCUGUCGCUGCUAAAUCUCAGCGCGAUCUCUGGAAAAGAAAGGUAGAACAAAUAGCUGAAGAGGCUGAUUCAUUGAAAGAAAGUUUGGAUAAAUAUCAGCUGAGGAAUCAAAAGCACAUAUUGGAAGCUAAAGAGAGAGCAGAAUUGCUUGGAAGAGCUAGUGGGGGCUCAGCCCAUGUUUUGAGAAUUUUUGAUGAGGAAGCGCAAGCAAUGCAGUCGGCCCAUAAUUCAUCAACGAUGCUGGAAGACGCCUAUGCAACUGGAGUUGCCAUCCUUUCCAAAUAUGCAGAGCAAAGGGAGCACUUGAAGAGCGCUCAACGAAAAGCACUGGAUGUCCUUAACACAGUGGGGCUCUCCAAUUCUGUCUUGAAGCUCAUAGAGAGGCGGCAUCGCGUUGAUAAAUGGAUCAAGUACACCGGCAUUAUCUUUACAAUUGUUAUCUUGUAUGUCUUUUGGAGGUGGACAUGAUGUCCCGCCAAUGAAAUCAGUAUAGUGCCUUUCAUCUUUGACAUGCUGCUGCUGCUGCUGCUUCUGCUUCUGCUUCUGCUUCUUCUUCUUUCUAACACAUGUUCUGUAAUUUUUUGUCCUGGAUUCUUGUGACAAGGACUCGUUAGGAUUCUGAUGCAAGAUAUAUAAUAUAGUUUGGUGUCUGUUUUCCUGCUCCA